CACACACACACACACACACACACACACACACACACAGACACGCACGCACGCACGCACGCUCUCCGGGGUGUUUCUCGGACAGUUUCGCAGGGGCUGGAAAAGUCGAGAGAUGCCCAGGGCUGCUUGACAGAGUUACUCCGCUGAUACUCUCGUGUUACCCUGAACUUACUCUGUCUGUUCUCUGGCUGCGCGCGCUUCCCGAAGAAGACGUCGGAGCUCUUUUGAAGUGUACAUUUUGGAAGACCGGCAUGUUUUCCUAGAUGCUUUUAAUGCCUCGGUUCGGUGGAUUUGUAAGCCGACACUUCUGCACGAGCUGAACAAGUUGUGUGGCUCGAGCGCAUCUCUCGCCCCCUGCGAAGGGUUCGCUUGCAGCCCCCCUCCCCACCCACCACCAGCAGCACCACCGCCGCCCCACACGAUGACUCUGAACACCGAGAGAGACGCCAAGGAGACGCUGCGGCGGAGGGCGAGCACCCCGAUCCCGUCGAGGACCCGCGAUCCCGGGUGCGAGUCCGGCCCGCGCGCGCUCGGACACCCCGCGCUCGGACACUCGGCCUCCUACCAGCCCGGAGACCCCACGGUGCGCAGCCGCGCGCACUGGUCCUCCGACUCGGAGGACUCGGACAGCUCCGGGUCCGAGUGCCUCUACCGGGUGGUCCUGCUGGGGGACCACGGCGUGGGCAAGUCCAGCCUGGCCGGUAUAUUCGCGGGGAUCGUCGGGGAAAAGGACGCGAACGACCACCUGGGAGAGGACACGUACGAGAGGACUCUGACGGUGGACGGCGAGGAGACCACGCUCAUCGUCAUGGACACGUGGGAGACGGAGAAACAGGAGGAAGACGAGAAGUGGGUGCAGGACUACUGCAUGCAGGUGGGCAACGCCUACGUUAUCGUUUACUCCAUCACGGACCGCUCCAGCUUCGAGAGCGCCUCCGAGUUGCGCAUCCAGCUGCGCCGCAUGCGGCAGGCUGAGAACAUUCCCAUCAUCCUUGUGGGCAACAAGAGUGACCUGGUCCGGUGCCGGGAGGUGGCCGUGGAAGAGGGCCGGGCCUGCGCCGUGGUCUUCGACUGCAAGUUCAUCGAGACGUCCGCCUCGCUGCACCACAACGUCCACGAGCUGUUCGAGGGCAUCGUGCGGCAGAUCCGCCUGCGGCGCGACAGCAAGGAGACCAACGAGCGGCGGCGCUCCAUCUACAAGCGCAAGGAGAGCAUCACCAAGAAGGCGCGCCGCUUCCUGGACCGCCUCGUGGCCCGGAACAACAAGAAGAUGGCACUCAAGGUGCGCUCCAAGUCCUGCCACGACCUCUCUGUGCUUUAACUCCUUGCCCCCCCCCCCCGACCCCCAAAGCCACAUCUGCCUCGAGCCCUGAGCCGCUUCCUUCCGUUUUGACGAACUUAUGUAAAAAUGGAUGACGUGCCGUCCGAGGCAAAGUAAACACAGCGAAUGGAAACUGCUUUCGUUUUCCAGUUUGUCCGGUUUAUUUCUAUUAACUAGACAUUUUUGUAAAAGCAAGUAGAAUAUUUGUUUUGCUUUUUCUAAAACCGGACCGCCUGAAGAAUUUUUUUUUUUUUGUUUUAACUCCCACUUUUGGAAGCGGUUUGGAAUUUCGGCCGAUUCAUCAAGUGAAACGUAUGAGGCUGAUAAAGCGCGGCGUUUUUGGAAUUUGCACCCAGGACCUUCGGGCACCGCGAGGAUCACAAAUACGAAAUGAUUUUGGCAGCAAGUGGGACAAAUCAACCAUUCGUCCAGCCCUCUCCAGGUUGGUCGGUGGAAAUAAUCUUUGAAACACCUGCCCCCCAUGUCUCUUGGCUCCGUUAUUUAUUUGCACCAGUUCUUGCUGAAGCCGUGAGAAGAUCCGUGAAGGGAAUAAAUGGAUUUAAGCGCUCGUCAACAAAAACAAGUCCUAAACACACUUCUGUGCUUUCAGACACACUUUGGGAACAACUCACUGAUGGACAACUCGCUCCCUGUGUUCAUGUGCGUUUCUUCCAGGUGCUCUGGUUUCCUCCCACAGUCCAAAGAAGUG